AGUGCCCGGCCAUCGUCCCCCGCUGCAUGUGGGGUGCCCGUCCCUACCGGGGCACCCCCAAACCGUUGACCCUUCCGUUGGGUUCCGUCUACAUCCACCACACCUUCACCCCCAGCGCCCCGUGCCGCCCCUUCACCGCCUGCGCCCGCGCCAUGCGCGCCAUGCAACGCUUCCACCAGGACACCCGCGGCUGGGACGACAUCGGCUACAGCUUCGUGGUGGGUUCCGAUGGGUACCUCUACCAAGGUCGAGGUUGGCAUUGGGUUGGUGCCCACACCAAAGGCUACAACACCAAAGGCUUCGGCGUGGGUUAUGUUGGAGACUUCUCCACCACCUUGCCGGACCCUGACACCAUCGUCCUGGUGCGGGAUGGAUUCCUGCCCUGCGCCGUACGGACCGGCCGGCUCCACCGGAACUACACCCUCCGUGGUCACCGGCAGAUGGGUCACACCGACUGUCCUGGCAACUCGCUCUUCCAUGAGAUUGAGACCUGGCGGGGCUUCAAG